UGACGCUUUGAAAUGAUCCAACCUGUUUUGUAACAGAGUGAGAUUUUAAAAGUCCUUCCUGUUUCUUUGGCAUCUCAGUUGAACAGCUUCUGAAAGUCUUCAUACAGCUUGGAGUUAGAUUUUAUCCAAAAAGCCAACAUGAAGAUGAAAGGCUGCAUUUUUCUUUUGGUGCACCUUGCACUUUCUUCAGGACUCUCCAUCUCCACAUUAGAUGGAGAAAUAUUCGAGGUUGAAAACAACACAACUAAAGAAGAUUUGACUCUUGACGACAUCCGCGAGCCUCCAAAGUUUCAAAGGAGCAGCCUUCUUCCUGGAGAUAAACUAUGGUCAUCCCCAGUUCCUUAUGUCUUGGAUAAAGGCCUGGAUUUGAGAGCUAAAGGAGUGAUCAUGAGAGCCUUUGAGCAGUUCAGAGUGAAGUCAUGCAUUGAUUUCAAACCCCGGGACUCAGAAGAUUAUUACAUCAACAUCCAGAAGUUAGACGGUUGCUGGUCAUAUAUUGGUCGAGUACUCUCCAAUGGACAGAACCUCUCUAUUGGUGCAGGCUGUGACAGCAUUGCCAUUGUUGAACAUGAGCUUCUUCAUGCUCUUGGUUUCUACCAUGAACAGUCUAGAUAUGACAGAGAUGAUUAUGUACGGAUUGUACUCGCCAACAUCCAAACAGGUAAAGAGAGGAAUUUCAUGAAAGCUAGCAGUGAGGAGAGCACUACAUAUGGAGUCCCAUAUGACUACAUGUCAGUGAUGCACUAUGACAAAUAUGCAUUCACAAAUGGCAACGGCUUAACAAUUAUUACCAUUGACCCUAAAUACCAAGAUGUGAUUGGUCAAAGGCUGGAAAUGAGUCCUAGUGAUGCUCUAGAGCUGAACUUCCGCUACAACUGCAACUCAACUGUUGCCUUUAAUUCUUACUGUGGCUUUUCGAAUGGAACAAUGUGUCAAAUGAGCCGCUGCUCACAGGGUGGGAUUGGCUGGGAAGUCGUUACUCAAGUUCAUGGAGGCCCCAGUUCUGACCACACCAGUCUACCAAGUGGAAAUGGAGAUAAUGCUAAAGAAACUGGAUACUUCAUUCAUGUGAGCACAACAUCAGGACAAGAGGGAGAUUCAGCCCAACUGGAAACUGAAAGAGUGAAGCCUACCAGGGCAUGUAAUGUCCAGUGUCUGCAGUUCUACUAUUUCCACAGCGGAAAUGAAUCAGAUGAACUUAAUAUCUGGAUCAGAGAGUUUCAAAAUGAGCAGGACAUCACAGGAACUCUUCGCCUUAUGGGACAAAUAACUGGUUCACCAACAUCUCACUGGAAACUCCACCAUGUUUCCUUGAAUGCCACCAAGGACUUCCAGGUGGUGUUUGAGGUUCGGAAAGGAGCAGGAAACUCACCAGGAGGUUUCUCAAUUGAUGACAUCAAUCUCUCAGAGACAGAGUGUCCACACUUUGCCUGGCAGAUUGAUGACUUUGAGAGUCUUUUAAACACAAGCAGUGAUGGAGCCAGAAUGUACAGCCCACGACAAUUCUCCAAAGACGGCUAUGCAUACCGUGUAAUUGCUGAACUUUUCAAAACAUCUGUUGGAAUGUACGUGCAGCUCGUGUCUAGUGAGAAUGAUGGCCAGCUGCAAUAUCCUUGUCUGCAAAGACAUAUGAUUUUCCAGUUGAUGGAUCAAACCCCAAACAAGCAACUGCAAAUGUCUAAGCAAAAUACUUUUGUUUCUGAUGAAAAUCAAGUAGUAUCUGGUCGCUCUGCCUGGGACAAUCCUAGGGAGACUAAAGAUGGAUCAUUUUCUGAGAAUGGAGAACUAAUCUAUAAUGGGCCUGGCUGGGGGUUUGGGUCUUUUUUAACAUUAGAAGAAUUGAAAUCCAGAGAGUUCCUCAAGGGAGGAAGCGUCAUUUUGAUGUUCAACUUUGAAGAUCUCACCCCACUAAUCAAUGGAACAGCUUUACCAUGUCCUCAGUUAAGACCAGUGAACAUAACAAAUCCUCCACCAAAUAGGAAUGAAAGUCCAUGCUCUGCACGAGUCAUCAACCCACCUUCUACAACAGCAGAACACAGGACUUCAUCGACUGUCCAUCCACCUCCCACUACAGACAACAGGACUACAUCUACCAUCCAUCCACUUCCAACUACAGACAGGCCUUCAUCUACUGUCCAUCCACCUCCCACUACAGACAACAGAAUUUUAUCCACCGUCGUUCCUCCACUUGAUACAACAACAACAGAUGACAGGACUUCAUCUGCCAUCCGUCCACCUCCCACUACAGACAGAAGGCCUUCAUCUACUGUCCAUCCACCUCCCACUACAGACAACAGAAUUUUAUCCACCGUCGUUCCUCCACUUGAUACAACAACAGAUGACAGGACUUCAUCUGCCAUCCGUCCACCUCCCACUACAGACAGAAGGCCUUCAUCUACUGUCCAUCCACCUCCCACUACAGACAACAGAAUCUCACCCACCAUCCUUCCAAAACCUGAUACAACAACACAUGACAGAAUCUCAACCACAGUGAUUCCACCACCUACUACGACUGAUGACAGCAUUUUUUGCUUCAGUCCUGGUAUGGUGGCCUCUCCCAUCCUCACUGUCCUGCUGGCAUUGAUCCUUCUGCUGUCAUAAUGUACGCCUCCCAAAUAAUCCAUCUGUCUCUGCAUAGGCAGCAAAAAUGAUUAGAAAUUUCUCAGAGCUAUGCAUAUAUGUUAUGGUGAAGGUGCAAGUUGACAUUUUGCCCUUAAAUUGUGAAUUCUUUGUUCAACGACAAACUGGGAAACUGUGUAUUACCUUAAGAAAUCAGCAUAAAUACACUGAUUAGAAGCUAAACUUGUAGCUUCUAUUCUACAAUAUUUGGUGAUGGGACUUCAUUUAUAUUAAACAUGUAUGUGCACAUUUUUGAAGAUUGCAGAUUUUUGAAGUAUAAUAUUCCUUUUAUGAUAACAGAUACACUUAUUCAAAGCUCUUGAAUUUCUGAAUUAGACCCAGAAUAUUCUGUUUGAAGAUUACAUCUUUUCACAAAUAUUUAACCACAUGCUAAUAUAUUUAAACAUGGGUGCUUGGUGGCUUAAUGGUAACGGACAUGUUUUAACAAACAUGACUUGUAUUUUGGGUUGGGUUAAAAUGUUUGGUUCGAUGUGUGUUCACUUUUGGAUGCCUUCAUUGCUAAUCUACAAUGUGAAGCCUCAAUAAAAUACAUAAUAUUGUUAUUUUCACUCUGUCUAAGGCUCCCAACAUUUUUGGACAGUUUGUAUUAGAACUUUGAUGUCAUUCAAACUACAUUGUGUACAAUAAAGUGUGUAGUGGGUAUAAAUAAAAAAGAGACAUUGUUCAUUGAGA